AUGUCCGACGAGAACCCGCCCCCGAACGGCGGCGGUGGUGACGCCAGCAUAGACCAGGAUGAGGAUGACUUUCGCAAGAUCAUGCAACAGAUGUCACGGGGUGCUGCAGAGGGCGAAGAAGAUCUCUUGGGUGGCAUCGCCGAUAGGCCGCUGGACAUUGGUGAGAAGGCCGACGACGCAGUCGACUACGAAGACAUCAGCGACGACGACCUGCCGGACGAGGAGUUUGACUCGGGCGAGGGCGCCGAUAGCACCCAGAACUUCAGCGGAACUACCCUACAGGACUCUGGCGGCGCAGUGGACAACGAAGAUGUAGACAUGGACGAUCUUUUUGGCGACAACAACGAUGACAACGACGAUAACGAUGAUCUCUUCGGCGAUGACCCCAGUCACUCUGACCCGGUGCAAACAUCUACACAACACGAAGACGAUCCUCUUACUUCCAUCGAAGACUUGGUCCAAGAAGGCUUCGACACUAUCGCAAAGGAUACGCCACAGCCCGCUACUCGCAACACCGCUGCUGGUGCUGCACAGCAAGAGAUAGAGGAGGAAGAAGAGGAGGACCCCGAGGUGCGCGAGCAACUGGCUCUAUUCGCACAAUCUUCGCGCAAGAAAGACGAGCCAGCGGCUGCUCCAGUCAAGACAUCACGGGAAGAAUUUGAAAAGAUCUGGCCCAAUUUCGAGGCGGACAAACCACCACGGUUCUUCAGUCUGGUACCACGAAAGCGUGCUUUUUACAUCCCCAAAGUUCCUCAAAAGACGCCGAAACCCUUCCAGCUUAAUAAGCUCACCCUGGACCUUGCGACGGAUCAAGAGAAAAGUUUCCGCUUACAGCCUACAACGACUACCGCUAAAUCGGGUAGACAGCAAGAUGAGGAGCAGGGCGGUCUAAUUCAAAUCACCAACACUGCAGAAGAGGACGGCGAUAGCGAAGAUCAGCUGGAACUCGAUAACCUCGAUACCAUUGACGACCGUGAGAUGAUCGGCAAUGUGUCGUGGAGUGACCUGAGGAUUGCCUGCGAAGACUGGGAUGUGCCAGAUGGUGCAAGCGAUAUAACCUUGUCCGACGAGAACCAGGCACCAACGCCGCCCGACAGCAACGGCGGUAUCGACUCUGAGCAACUGUCGCCAAACAAGAAGCGGAGACUCGGAAGCCGUGACCAGCCUAUUCACUUCUCUGUCUACGAUCACAUGGAGCUGCCCACAUGGGACGAUCCCGAGCUCGAGACGGCGCGAUUGUCGAAGAAGAUUCUUCUCGACAUGAACGACCCACAUCUUCUGCUUGAUGUACAGCAGCCCAGUGCAGAGCCACCAAAACCUCGAACAUUAGGCCUAGGUCUUAAGCGUGAUAGCCGCGGAAGCCUGGCAAACCCCAUGUUCAAGCGUUACAACAUCUCCAAUGAUGAGGCAUAUGACGCUCUGAAGGAAAGCAGCCAGCAGAAGGUCCGUAGUACGAUUGGCCACAUGAAUGUUGAGCACAGCUUGCCCGCACUGAAGUUGCAAUAUCCCUUCUACAAGGUUGCGCUGUCGGAUCGCGAGCUCCGUUCCUUCCAUCGUCCUACUGUUACCUUCAAGCCUGGAGAACGAGCUAGCAUCACACCGCUCAAGUCCGUCAAAAGGAAGCACAAGAAAAACCUCAAGCCCUCCGAGGCCUUCGCGUCAGCCGAAGAUCUCAACAUUGGUGACAAUUCCGACCUGCUUCUUGCCGAGUACUCUGAGGAGUACCCCACUACCCUGUCCAACUUUGGUAUGGGUGUCAAGAUCCUCAACUACUACCGCCGAAAGGACAUGGAAGACACUGCACGACCGAAACCGGAAGACGGAAUCGGCGAGACCUCAGUGCUGCUACCACAGGAUAAGAGUCCGUUCUCGUUGUUCGGUCAGGUUGAACCGGGCCAGCAAGUGCUGACGCUUCACAACGCCAUGUACCGAGCUCCUGUGUUCAAGCAUAAGCCCGAACAGACUGAUUUCCUUGUGAGCAGAAGUUGGACCGGGGUUAAUGGCCCCAGGUACUACAUGCGAAACAUUCCGAACCUCAUGGUCGUCGGCCAACAGUUUCCCUCUGUUGAGGUGCCUGGUACACAUGCUCGCAAAGUUACUGAAGCCUCGAAGAAGCGACUCAAGAUGCUUGCAUUCCGAUUGUACCGGAAGGGGCAGCAGAAGAAUGCGCGUCAGCCUUGGGUUAGUAACGAGAUGAUCAAGCAGCAUUUGCCUGGUACCGAGAUUGCGCAGAAUCGUUCCCGAAUGCGAGAAAUCAUGAAGUAUCAGAAGGACAUUGGUACUUGGGAGCCGGUACCAGGCGAGACUGUACCUGAGGAACCGAUCCUACGUACUUGGAUCAAGCCAGAAGACGUCUGUCUGAUCGACUCGAUGCAUGCUGGUGACAAACAGCUGCAAGACGCCGGUAUCAAAUCCAACGAAAUCCGUGAUGACGAGGAAGAGGCUGAUAACGAGAACGCUGAUGUCAAACUUGCGCCCUGGAACACAACGAAGAACUUCCUCAACGCCUGCGCUGGCAAGGCUAUGUUGGAGCUCCACGGUGACGGUGAUCCUACUGGUCAAGGCCUAGGUUUCAGCUUCAUCAAGGUCUCGAUGAAGGGUGGUUUCAGGGAUGUCGGUGAGAGCGCAGCUGAUCGUCUUGAUAACAAGAAGAUGAAAGAGCUUGGCGGUCACAGCUACAACGUUCAGCGCCAGCAGGUCAUGUACGAGAAUGCCAUCAAGCGUAUCUGGAACAAGCAGAAGGAGAGUUUGUCUGCCCAAAACCCACCGUCCGACACCGAAGACGACGUUGACUCUGCUGUCAACCAAACAAACCACAGUCGCCAACGUUCCGAAGUAGGUACUCCAGCUAUGCGUCCUGAUGAUGAGACCAUGUCCCAGAUGUCUCGCAAUAGUAAUGCGGACAACCGUGGCAAGAAGCUCAAGAUUACUCGUACUAUCAAGAACAAGUACGACGAGUUCGAAGAUGUCACUGAGAUAAUCACCGACCCUGCUGUCAUCCAGCUUUACAUUAAGCACAAGCGACAAGAGCGUCUACUCAACAUGCGCAUUGAAGACAUCAAGCCAACUGGUGAUCCUGAAGUGGACAAGGCACAAAAGAUCAAGCUGAAGGCGGAAUUGGCGCGUCUAGCUCGCAACAUAGAGCGUCGUGAAGGCCGUGAAAAGGCAAAAGGAUUGCACAAGUCGCAGACGGGAGAAGGUGGAGCGACUGGUGGGCCAGGAAAGGGUGGAGCAACACCUCGCAAGUGUGCAAACUGCGGCGAGGUGGGCCACAUCAAGACAAACAAAAAGCUCUGCCCGCUCCUCAACGGCCAAAGGAAGCAAAACGACACGUUCAGGGACGCAAAUGCAAGUGCUGCAUCUCCCGCUACUGUUGUUCCCGCUACCCCUUCUUUCGCUGGUUCACCGUCUUAG